UUUUGUUGCCAAAUAUUCACAAAAUGUUGUUUUUGUGAUUAUUUACUUUGAAAGUAGUUAAUAAAAAUAUGAAUAUAAUCAAAUUGGUGCACAACCGGAUAUUUAACUUGUAAAUAAUUUAUAGUAGCGAUGGCGGCGGCGUUCCAACAGCAGAUAUUUGCACUGGAUGCACGGUUCAAUGCGUACAGAGCACCAAAUAAUCCGAAUUUCAAAACACUGUACAUACGUCGCCGAAGUCAACUUCUGAGAGAGAAUGCAAAAUUUAAGGACAUAGAAACUAUAAAGAAAUACAUAAACGUUCGGAGUCAGCUGCUACAGCGAAGGUAUGGAGUUCAGGACAACAUCUCCAUCAGCUCAUCUUCCUCUCGACAGCGGUCCAGUAGCAAGGCUAGUAUUCUGGUGGAUGAAGGUCCAUCCAGCACAAACGCUAAGAAGAAGAAUGACAUGACCAUAUCAGAGAACUAUGCAUUCUCUGGAGUUCAUCACAUAUUUGAUCAGCAUACUGAACAAGUAAGCGUAGUGAAGUUUGCGAACAAUGACCGCUCGAAGCUCUGCUGUGGCUCUGACGAUGGCACGGUGUCCAUCUGUGACGUCACCGCCUCCCCCCCGCGCGUCUCCUUCAUACUGGAUGGUCACACCAAGCCUGUUACGGGUUGCGACUGGUCAGCAUCUAACGAGUUGUUGGUAACGUGUGCACUGGAUGGGGCGCUUAGCCUGUGGGAGGUGAACGCGCGGCGCCGCCUGCGGGCCGUGCCCGACCAGCUCGGAGCACCCCUGCUCUGCUGCGUCUUCCAGCCAGCUAAUAAUAAUAUGGUUAUUGCUGGGAAUGCAAGAGGAAUGGUGGAGGUGCUCAAUAUAUCUACUGGGAUUUACCCUAGAGGUGGUAGCAGUAUUUUGGGAGGUCGAGUGCUUUCAAUAGCAUGCGAAUCCAGCGGCAGAAUGUUCUGGGCGGCCAAUGACAAAGGUGUGAUAGUGAGCUACCGCAUGGACAGCGCGGGCGGCGGGCUCAGCAAGCUGCGGCGCUGCGCGGUAGGCGGCGCCGUCACCUGCCUCAGUUGGAGCCCCUGGCUUGCGAGGCACCCUGCCUUGCUUGUCAGCGCUGCCGAUAACUCGCUGUAUCUCUUCAGGAUAGCCGACCGCGAAGGCAACCUUCAACUGAAGAAGCGUUUCGACGUAUUACACACUCAACACAGCGUCAAGUCAACGUUCUGCCCCAUCAUGUCGUUCCGCAGAGGCGUCUGUGUGGUCAGCGGCAGCGAGGACUCCUGCGUCUACUUCUUGGACAUAGAGGGGCAUGCUGAACACCCGGUCGUUAAUAAGUUACAAGGACAUGCGUCUCCAGUGAUCGGCGUGAGCUUCAGCUACGACGAGAGCCUGCUGGCCACCAGUGACGUCACCGGCCUCGUCAUCAUAUGGCGACGUAGCUGACCGACCCCACACCGACACACUUAGAUCUGAUACUUAAAGUAUUAUUACGUUAAACAUUCUUUAAUUUAUUGUAAAGAUAUAUAAAUAAAAGGCUUAUAUUGA